GCAGCCCGUCCAUUUCCCUCGCGUGCCGUUCUCACCCACCCGCCGCAUGAGCAGCGCCCCCGCGCCGGGCCUGGCGCCCGCCAGCCUCACGCUCUGGGACGAGGAGGACUUCCAGGGCCGUCGCUGUCGGCUGCUGAGCGACUGUGCGAACGUCUGCGAGCGCGGAGGCCUGCCCAGGGUGCGCUCGGUCAAGGUGGAAAACGGCGUUUGGGUGGCCUUUGAGUACCCCGACUUCCAGGGACAGCAGUUCAUUCUGGAGAAGGGAGACUAUCCUCGCUGGAGCGCCUGGAGUGGCAGCAGCAGCCACAACAGCAACCAGCUGCUGUCCUUCCGGCCAGUGCUCUGCGCGAACCACAAUGACAGCCGUGUGACACUGUUUGAGGGGGACAACUUCCAAGGCUGCAAGUUUGACCUCGUUGAUGACUACCCAUCCCUGCCCUCCAUGGGCUGGGCCAGCAAGGAUGUGGGUUCCCUCAAAGUCAGCUCCGGAGCGUGGGUGGCCUACCAGUACCCAGGCUACCGAGGCUACCAGUAUGUGUUGGAGCGGGACCGGCACAGCGGAGAGUUCCAUACUUACAGUGAGUUCGGCACACAGGCCCACACUGGGCAGCUGCAGUCCAUCCGGAGAGUCCAGCACUAGGCUCCAUGGCCCCAGACACCUUCCCUGAGGACACUCAAUAAAGGUUCCUGAAUAUUCCUGCC